GUCAGCGCGUCUCUAUGCAUUGCAAACCUCCGCGGGCAAAAUUGUCCAAAAGUCUUGGCAAGAUUGAUUGCCCUUCCCUUUUCGACCCGGUAGCAUAUUCGACUUUGGCAUUGAGCUUUGUCGCAUCAACGAUCCCUACGUUCGCUCUUCUCCUCACAAUACCGGUUGGUCUCGAGCACGAUAUAGACUUUACACACCUUAUUAAAAACAAAGCCGCCAACCAUGACUGCCUCCACCCGCCUCACCCCCAUCCGUCUCCAGACCAUCAACCACCUGCGCGUCCGGAGACCCAACAAGAACGAGCCCAAUGGCUGUGUCAAUGUCAUGUCCGCGAUGCUGAGUUGCUGGGCUUCUGCCGGUGGUUCCGUUGAGGGUUGCGCAGCCUUGGAACAGCAAUUGAGACAGUGCAUGGAUGCUCCUAAACCCAAACGCCAGGGCCGCAGCACCAUCAACUACCACCUCAUGAGAAUGUUCCCCAACGUCCGUGGACCGCAGAAGAAGGAUGGUGUUUUGGGUUAAGAAGAGAAGCGGAAAGCUUCUGGUUUUGUUUCUGGGUUCUUUUCGAUGUGUUUGGGAGCGAAGAGCGAAGUUCAAGUUGAGCAUUAAAGGUCCCGCUGUGGUUGGGAAGGGGUCUGGGCGGCCUAGGUUCGGGUUGCUUAUGGCUACAUACGUUCUGCUGUGCUGGGAUGCAGGCGAUUGGAUGUAGGUCAGGGCAGGAUCCCGAGCUCCGGUGCUGAUUCGGGUGCAUAGGACAGGUCGGGCUGAAUCAGGGCAUAUGGGCUUGCAGCUGGCGGCCGCGGCCGGCGAUUGAACAUACUGUAUUCUAUUGUGCUAACUGGAGUUUUCUUUUUUUAUGGUUCAAAAGAUACGUUUGAAGUGUUUGUGAUAGCGAUUAGUGCGUAGUUGGGGUCUUGCGG